AUGGUGAACUUCAACUUGAUAUCAUUUUUACUCUAUACUCUCAGCUGGAUAUCUGUUUCACUUGCACAAUUUUACACUGUGGCGGUUGAGCCUGGACAACAAAUCACACUGCAGUGCUCCAACUUCAGCAGUUUUGCAACCUACAUAUUCUGGUUCAGGCUGGCCGACAGACUCAAUGCCAGUCGCAUCUCUUUUAUGUCGACUGCUAAUAGUCAUGCUACCUUCUGUGAUGGAUUUCAAUAUACUAAAUUUAACAUGAUAUCCAACACCUCUGUGCUAUUUCUCGAAAUCAAACAAGUGGAUCCAUCUGACUCUGGGUUAUAUUUUUGUGGAGAGUUGCACAUGGGACGGCCAAGUGUUUUCACUGCAACAUAUUUGAAGGUUCAAGAAGAUGGAUUAACCAGUCUAUCAACUGUGAUCCUCGGCAGUUUAAUUGCUUUCCUUUUAUUGAUCAUCAUUGGUCUGGUUGUUCGCAUCAGGAAACUUCAUACAGCUCAUGACGAGAUGCAGAAUUUGCCACAUAGUGAGAAUGUGGAGUCUGAUGUCAAGAUCACUGCAGGGCUGAGUUUCCAUCUCAGAAAGCGUGUGCCACAGAGGGAGCUAGAGACAAAUGUUGUGUACGCUGCUAUGAGUACGAAAUGA